UGUGAGAAAUUGAGAAAUACUCGAUCGUUGAUCAAUACACAUUAAUAUAUCCAUGGAUCGCAUUGUGAAAGUUGCAUCCCAAAAGGCGGUGGUGAUCUUCAGCAAGAGCUCGUGCUGCAUGUGCCAUGCAAUCAAAAGACUGUUUUACGAGCAAGGAGUGAGCCCGGCGAUUUAUGAGCUCGACGAGGACUCCAAGGGGAAGGAAAUGGAGUGGGCUCUGGUGCGGCUAGGCUGCAACCCAUCAGUCCCGGCAGUGUUCAUUGGGGGCAAAUUUGUGGGCUCUGCUAACACCGUCAUGACCCUUCAUCUCAAUGGCAAUCUUAAGAAAAUGCUCAGAGAAGCUGGAGCUUUAUGGCUUUAAUCACCAACCGGCCAUUUGCCUGCUGGCCUCCACACCUAGCUACUACUACUACUAAUUAAGUUCCAAAUAAGGUUAACUCCAUCGUUUUGCUUUUCUUUUUUCUCUAACACUUUUUACUUGCACCCUGCGGCGCUAGCUCCAGCAAAGUAUACAUUGUAUGGAAAAUAAUAUAUCUAUGGAGAGUGAAGUUUUGUGACUCGAAAACUAUAUAUAUAUAUAUAUAUAUU